AUGCCCGCCGAUACGGGCAUGGAGAAACCGACCGCCUCACCCAUCGCGGGGGCACCGGCCAACGCCAGCCACACACCGGAUAAACCCCGGAGCGCCAGCGAGCACCGGAAGUCCUCCAAACCUAUCAUGGAGAAACGGCGCCGGGCACGGAUCAAUGAGAGCUUGGGGCAGCUGAAGACCCUCAUCUUGGAUGCGCUCAAGAAGGAUAGCUCUCGGCACUCCAAGCUGGAGAAGGCAGACAUCCUGGAGAUGACCGUCAAGCACCUCCGAAACCUCCAGCGGGUGCAGAUGACAGCUGCUCUCAGCGCCGACCCCACCGUCCUUGGCAAGUAUCGAGCUGGGUUCAACGAGUGCAUGAACGAGGUGACACGGUUCCUGUCCACCUGCGAAGGGGUCAACACCGACGUGCGCACCCGCCUGCUCAGUCACCUCUCGGCUUGUCUGGGUCAGAUCGUGGCCAUGAACUACCUGCCGCCUCCACCGCCUCCACCGCCACCUUCCAGCCAGCCUGCACAUCUGGCACAGCAACCUCUGCACGUCCAGAUGCCCCCUGCAGCAGCCGGGGCCGUGCCCGUGCCCUGCAAACUGAACCCUGCUGAAGCUUUGUCCCCCAAGGUCUACGGCGGCUUCCAGCUCGUCCCUGCUACCGACGGCCAGUUUGCUUUCCUCAUCCCAAACCCGGCUUUUCCUCCCAACUCUGGACCAGUUAUUCCCCUCUAUGCCAACGCCAACGUCCCGGCAUCCACGGGCAGCAGCUCUGCCACCCCGUCGGCAUCUCCGGUGCAGGGCUUGACAUCAUUUGGGGGCAGCAUUGUUCCAGCGUCCCAGGCGGGAAGCCCCAUCGGAGAGCGCAGUGAAUCAGUCUGGAGGCCUUGGUGACUUGCCUAAAACCCAAUUAUUUUCUUCCCCCCACCCCUCUCUCUAAAACAACUC